CCCAAAUAUAAUAGAGGAAAAAGGAGCCACACAACUCAAGGGAGAAAGAAAGAAGGAAAUUGCACGCAAAGUUACUUUCCGGUGCGUAGGGUUGCUUGUUUGAUUCAUAUCUUGAGCUACACCAAUCCAAAAAAGGGCGUGUGAGGUGUCUGCAGAAAGCUCUCAAAAUAAUGAAUCCGUGAAGGUGAGUUUGCAGAAAACGGAGUAGUGGAAGGUCUCCAAAUCAUCGAAAGAAAACACAAACUCGCUGAAACGGAUUUGCCUCUUUAAAGUAUCCCGGUCUCCAAGAUGAACGUCAGGGGGCGUGCUGAUCUGAAGAAGAAGUCCGCCAAGGUCCCGAAGGGGACGGAUGCGGGCAUGCAGAAGCCCGUCGGUGACUUCUUCAAGAAGUCCGAGGGGCCGUCGACGGUCCCAAGCGCUGACGCCGCCGCCGCCGCCGCGAAGAGAAAGGCCGCGGGCAAGGCUCCUGAGGGCAAGAGGCCAAAAAAGGGGGAUACCGGGAAGAAGGAUCCUCCCGUGGUCAUCAUAGAUGAGUGCCCCGCCUCCGGGACGCAUGUGGAGAUACCGGUGGUUGAAGUGCCGAGGGGUGUCCGGGAGCCACCCUCUGAGGUUCUGCAGGUUUCUCUCCCGAGGGGAACAUCCGUCAUGAACUGCACGGUGGACCCGAGGGUGCUUCUGAGGGGCAUGACCUCCGAGAUUGACAGAGCCGCCCUCGGGGCUGAUGAUGACCUGGCCCUCGAGUACAAGAUCCUCCGGUCUUCCUUCACUGCUUGCAUUGCCCUCGGCGAACAGGCCCGGAGGCUGGAGGAGUGGCGCCUGCACAAGGCCGAGCAGGACGCGAAGAUGAGGGAGCUCGUCUGCCAGAACUCUGAUGCCAUCAGGCAGAUGGCUGCACUGGAGGAGAGCCUUCGGCAGAUGACGCUGUGGGCGGAGACCGUAGACCGGGGCAAGGCCGAUGCUGAGAGGUCCGCAGCUGAAGCCCUCGAGAGAGCCGCCAAGGAGGCUGAGGCCGCCAAGGCGGAUGCCGUCGCAAAGGCCCGAGAGGACGCCGUCUCCGGAUUUUUGGUGGGGGGUGGAAAGCCGAAAGCACAAACAGUGGCUGUACACGGUCGUGGAGUCCUCCGUCGAUGAAUGGUGCGACGGGCCCGACAUGGAGUGGGUUUCCCGAAAGGGCAAACAGUACUACGAUGGGGGCGAGUUUUUUACUCAGGCCCUCAUCUACCGGAGGAUGGCCCGUCAUUUGAAGAUCGAUCAAAAAGACUUCGACCCGACGGCAUACGACCUUCCUCCCCUGCAGCCAGAUGUCCGUGUUCCUCUCCCCUCAGAUGUCGAAAGGCCAGGCCUGGAAGAUACUGAGCUGAUGAAGGAGGCUGCGGGGGACGAUGCAGAGGCCGGCAUAGAGGUCACCUCAAAGCCUGUGGAAGAGGCUGCCUCCGGGGCUGAUAAUAGUUGAUUUGUAUUUAGCACAUUUUGAACAAUUCUGUUGUAACGAAUAUUUGUAUGCUCCCGGCCUCGGCCAUUUUGUAAUGCACACUUUAACUUCUCCAACUUUUUGAUGAAUGAAUACCU